UCCAUUUUUUAUCCCGACGCGAUUUGCUUAUAGCUUUAAAUUACUCAACCAAGAUAUCCGUUACCAUGAACGACCCCCUGAAACCGUAUCUUAAAUUCUCCGAUGCGGACCGACAAAACUUCUAUACUGAAAGCCCGAAUUUGAAUCUCGUUACAGUGACUAUCACGCGAUCCAAGGAGCACCAGGAACCCAAGCCAUGCUACUUCUACUGGUCCCCAAGCACCGAUGAAGGAUUCAGGGUCUUUCGUGACUCGUCCAGUGAGGGCCUAAUGGAGGUGGAGGUGCAGUCAGAUUGCUCCUCACCAAUAACGCGGCAAUCAAACCCUCUUCACCUCUGGUACUUGGGUGCGGAUGAUGAAGCCGUGUCGUGGGAUAUCCCUCUUGGGGAGAAUAUAUGUCGAUCCGUUAUAAAAAGUGAAUGGAUCAAAUACGAGCUCUUCUGGCCCGGAGGUGAGGUGCAUUUCUGGGAUUGGGGAUCGAAGGAUACAAAUGAAGAAACGUUGGAAGUCACGGCUGGAGGCGAAAUCGACCCCGAUGACACUGCCUGGAUGCGCACGAUGCUCCUUCAGUUUAAUCGAAGCUCCCCAGGCGUGCCGAUAUUCAGCCUCGAGAUUGAAGGCCCGCCGACAUGGAGAAUCCAAGAGAGGUGGCCGUUGACUUGGAAGCUUACCUACCACGGGGUAUCAGGAGACGAGACCCCUCGACCGAUUACUUUCUCAGUGGGCGACUUGUAUGAUUGGGAGGUAUCUUGUUUCUAUCGGCGUAGCCAGGAUACUGGAGAGUGGGAGUCCUGGCGCGGCGAUGGCGUAUGUGGAUACGGUUUGUUUGAGGAUGAAGAGGUUCCACGAACAGUAGGUACAAGCGACGGUUUUAUGUCUCUACAGCCCAACGAGACCUGGACUGAAGUACAAAAGCUUGACACUAUGGUUGAUCUACCAGAAGAUGCUCGCGAUGGAGAGGUCAUGCGACACCGAUUCAAGGGAUGCAAGUGGACUUGGUGGGAUUGGGGAACAAAGGAGGAUCAUAUGGACACUAUUGUAAUGGUAGUUGGAUUCGGGGUGAUCACUAAGCCAGCUGACAAUGACGGACGGCCGGAGGUGGUGGUGCCGGCUUCGAAUAUGGUGGAGUUUACAGCUGUGAACUAGAAGUUAAGACAAUUGAUUGUUCGAUCAAUGACUUAGCGUCGGGUAUGAUAUAGCCAUCGUACCCCCUUCGAGUCACUAAUAGUACUAGCCGGUAGAAGGAGAAGCUCCCUUCUCUAGCUAUUCGGAUUGUAUGUCUAUAUAGAAUUACCUAACGAUUGAG